AUUAACCGUCACGACGCAGCAACGUCACCCGACGUGACCGGAAGCGUCGUGCUGCUAACGGUCAGCUGACAGAGCAACAACAACAACGUCUACUAACGGUCAAAGAUGGCCUACCCUAAAUCCCACAACCCGUUUGCAGAUGAUGAUGAGGAGGAAGAUUUUAAGCCUAAAAGUAGGGGGUUUGAUGACGACGAUGACGGGUUUGACAGUGGGAUGAGUGAAGCGGAGAGGAGGCAGAGGUACCUCCAGCAGGAAGUGAUGCGUACAGCUCAGUCUGCUGUGGACAGCAGUCACCGAUCCCUCGGCCUCAUCUAUGAAUCCGAGAAGAUGGGUGUGGAAACUGCAGAGGUAUGUCAAACUAAUCAGCUUUACCUUCUUACCUUCAGCAUCUCCUCUCACAGACUCUAUCUAUCUAUCUAUCUAUCUAUCUAUCUAUCUAUCUAUCUAUCUCUUUCUGUCUUUUCCCCACCCCGCAUUGCCAGCUCCAGCCCCAGCCCCCAGCCCCAUCUCAGAUUACAGACCGCCUUGUCCAGCAGCAAAGAACAUGGAGAUAAGUACCAAGCCAGCCACCCCAACCUAAGAAAGUUGGAUACAGGAGGAUUUGGAGCUGCCGCAUCAGUAGAUGACAGCUCUUCGAGACAGAAUGGAUACCCUCAGAACAAACACCUCAGGGAGGCUCACCAAACCCUCGACAGUAAUUUAGAUGAGAUGUGCAAUGGUUUGAGCAGACUGAAGAACCUUGGUCUUGGUCUCCAGUCUGAGAUUGAGAACCAGGACGACUCCCUUGAUUCUCUGCUGAAUAAAGUGGACAAGAUGGAUCUCAAGAUCCACAACACAAACCAACAGAUUAAAAACCUCAAAUAAAACAAAGACUUGAACUCACUUUACAGAGACAUAAGACAGCAACAGGUCAUCCUCCCACUCGACUCUCCAUCUUGGCCUCAGUUCAAUUACCUAUGUGUUCUUUUUGUUUAUUGUUUUCAAGGAUUGGAACUCUGUUAGAUAAGCAGGUGAACAUCUUUUUUAUCCAUUUUAUUUUCAUCUUAAAUGACUGAAAUACUGUUUCAGAUUUGCCCAUAAGUCAAAGUUUAGCAGAGAGAUUCUUCCUGCCACUUCACUGAAUUGUUUGUGCUUUGAAGGGAAUACUCUAUUCCAUGUGUGUAUUAGAUAUAAGAGACCGUCUUUGUCCAGGUAAAAUCUUUUCGUUCUCUCUAUCAUCUCCAAGCUGUCUGAAUGUAGUCUGUUGAAUUUCCCUUGGUUUAGAUGAUUAGAGUUUCAGUUUGAUCAGCUUUUCUUAAUUGCCAAGGACGUAUAAAUGGCUACUAUUGCUCAGCAUUCAGGCAAAACAUGACAUGACAAUUAAUAAUAAAUAAUUUGGUAUAUAGACAGAUAGAGAAACUGGAAUAUUUUGUGUGUAUGAUUCAUAUGUCAGUGCUAACUCUAAUUCCUGGACCUGUAUGUACAAAACACUUUGGAUGUCUUCUCAAGUCACUUUUGCCUUACAGAUCAUUUGUAUGUACAGUAGACUAACUUUUGGUUCUGUGCCAUUUUUCUGUCUCCACUAGUAUUUUUCACCAUUAGAUUUUUCACUUUGUUUGAUUAGUUGUUCAUGCUCCUCAGUGCUUUCACUAGCUUUAUACAAUUUGUUUGUAUUGCAGAAUGUGAUUGAAUGAAUGAUUAUACAGCAUACAUAAUGUGAACAAGCUAGCUGUGAAUAUGACAACUCAAAACUGAAGGAAUAUCCCCAUUAUUAUUAUUAUACAUCCUCCCUGGGAGAAAUGUAUGAAUGAGUAGAUGAACCACAUUUAAGUUUUGUAUAAAUUAAGGUAAGGAUUUAUGGUCACAAGGUUUAAUUUUUGCCAUGUACAUCAUGUAUUCUAAUCAAGGCCACAUACUCAGUUACUCAAUAAAAACAUUUAUAAGGGGAA